CGUGAGGUUAAUAUAAAGUUUCUGCAGAUAAGUUUCUCCGAAUUUAAUAUUAGCACGCCGCUAAUGCCCCGGCUUAGAACCUCAAGUGCAUAAUGGCGGCAAACGGGUUGGCGUCUCGUCCCGCAUUACAUACACUAAUGUUCGGCUACCUGUCACUGUCUGACGGAUACCAAAUUAUGAAACUCUAGGUUAGGCCGAUGGCUACGCGAGCCGAACCUCAGUCCUUCCAGGACCGCGAAUUAUUCCCUUCCUUUCGUGACUGUCCGGGGGAGCACGUUUGGGAUGACCGGUACCUCGUCGACCGCGGCGGAGCCGGUACGAACCGCAAGCACUGGUGCCUCCUAGGAGAAAUUAUCCAGGCGGACACUAUCAUCCGCCCUCGUAUCGUAGCGAAGGAUCACAAAGGUGAUCGGUUUGUUGUUGCGUUCUACCCCGACGAUCCGAACGAUAUGCCCCGCCUCCUCAAGAACUUCAAGGUGGGCAAUACCAUUGCUAUCUUCUACCCCUUAGUUCACCAGUUUCUCGACGGAAGCAUUGGCGUGAGAAUCGAAGACUCCGACGAGGUUCUAAUUAUCCCUCUCGGGUUCAAAGAUGUCAUCAAGAUGAACGAACAAGUCCUCAAGUACGCAGUCGGGGAAGGAACCCAGCGGAAAUGCCACGGUUGCGACGACGUAAAGGAGAAUCUCAACACCUGUGCAAGAUGCGCGCUCUUCAACUAUUGCGACAAGGAUUGCCAAACGAAGGCGUGGACCGAGAAAGAGCAUAAGAAAUUUUGCAAGACGCUCAGCCGGGAGGAUAUCAAGCUCAUGCACUUCCUAAAGUACGAGACCUACGACGCCUCUAUUUCCUUUGCGUAAACCGUAGCAGGUCGAUGCGCAUAGUCCUUGCAUUUGCUUGACACCCUACUUGACCAUCUGCAGAAUACGACUUGUCGAUUGGGUCAAGUCAUUAAAGAUGGAGUGUUGAGUCUUAUCC